AUGCAAGUUGGACUCAGGCCGCGGCUCAGGAGUCGCUCGUCGCUCCUGGAUCUGGUACGGGCGAAAAACGAAGCCGAAAACAAGCCCAAGGAAUCGUUGCCAUCGCCGUUGUCGAGCCCUUUCCGUACGCCAUUGCAUUCUCCAUUGUCCAUUGCAGGCUUCUUUUUAGGCGGCCCACCACUGGCCCCAGAAACCAGCCAAAAUACGGCCGCUCCAGGCGAUUUUGGCAGCAAAACUACCUCGAGCACGGCAGGUUCACCCGCUACGACCGCUACAUCAUCGGCCCCACCUCAGCACCCCAGGCUGGCCGCCUUUGCUGCAGCUCUCGACGUUCCUCUGCCAAACUCUCCACCAUCAUCACCACAUCCUCGUUCAAAGCCGCCCGCCCCAUCAUCAAGGGUCUCUCCUCCUCCCUCAUCCGCUGCCUCCCCCGACUCCUCCGCGAACGAGCCUGACGCCGCCCACGUUCCGGCAUCAUCCACGAUGGCUCCGAAAGCGAAAAAUGAUGGCAAGAAAGCCGAGCCUCACGGCAAGAUUUACUCCAUCUCUGGGCCCGUCAUUGUCGCCGAAGACAUGCUCGGUGUUGCCAUGUACGAAUUGGUCAAUGUUGGCCACGAUAACCUCGCGGGUGAAGUCAUUCGAAUCAACGCCGACCAGGCAACCAUUCAAGUAUACGAGGAAACCGCUGGUGUCACUGUCGGCGACCCCGUCUUCCGCACCGGCAAGCCUCUUUCCGUCGAGCUCGGUCCUGGUCUGCUAAACGGCAUCUACGAUGGUAUCCAGCGUCCUCUGGCUGGCAUCGCCGAUGCCUCCAAGGGCAUCUACAUUCCUCGCGGCAUCUCCGUUCCCGCCCUCGAUCGUAAGAAGCAGUGGGAGUUCACCCCCACAAAGAAGGUUGGCGACCACAUCACAGGAGGCGACGUCUGGGGUACCGUUUUCGAAAACUCCUUCAUUUCCGUUCACAAGGGCAAGUACACUGUCGCCGAAAAUAUCCUUGAGGUCGAAUUCGACGGCAAGAAGACCGAAUACCCCAUGAUGCACUCGUGGCCGGUCCGUGUCCCUAGACCCUCUACCGAGAAGCUCGUCGCCGAAGAGCCUUUCAUCGUCGGUCAACGUGUCCUGGACGCUCUCUUUCCCGGUGUUCAGGGCGGUACCAUUGCUAUUCCCGGUGCUUUCGGUUGCGGCAAGACUGUCAUUUCUCAGUCCGUCUCCAAGUUUUCCAACUCUGAUGUCAUUGUUUACGUCGGAUGUGGUGAACGAGGCAACGAAAUGGCUGAAGUCUUGAAGGAUUUCCCCGAGCUCACCAUCGACGUCGACGGCCGCAAAGAGCCCAUUAUGAAGCGCACAACCCUCAUUGCCAACACAUCCAACAUGCCUGUCGCUGCUCGCGAAGCUUCAAUUUACACUGGAAUUACCGUUGCCGAAUACUUCCGCGACCAGGGUCUCGACGUUGCCAUGAUGGCCGACUCUACAUCCCGAUGGGCUGAGGCUCUGCGUGAACUGUCUGGUCGUCUCGGAGAAAUGCCUGCUGAUCAGGGUUUCCCUGCCUAUCUUGGUGCCAAGCUUGCUUCUUUCUAUGAGCGUGCUGGUCGCGUCCAAGCUCUCGGCUCUCCUGACCGCAAGGGCAGUGUCAGCAUUGUCGGUGCCGUGUCGCCCGCCGGUGGUGAUUUCUCUGACCCUGUCUGCACUUCAACGCUGGGUAUUGUUCAGGUCUUCUGGGGUCUGGACAAGAAGCUUGCCCAGCGUAAGCACUUUCCGUCCAUUAACACCAGUCUCUCAUACAGCAAGUAUACCGGUAUUCUAGACAAGUUCUACGAAAAAGACUAUCCCGAGUUCCCCAAACUGCGUGACCGCAUCAAGCAGCUCCUGACCGAUUCUGAUGAGUUGGAGCAAGUCGUGCAGCUCGUCGGAAAGAGCGCUUUGUCUGACACUGACAAGAUUACGCUGGACAUUGCCGGCCUCAUCAAGGAAGACUUUUUGCAGCAAAACGGAUAUUCGGAUUAUGAUCAGUUCUGCCCCAUCUGGAAGACGGAGUGGAUGAUGAAGCUCAUGGUUGGGUUCCACGACGAGGCUCAAAAGGUUAUUGCUCAAGGCCAGAGCUGGGCCAAGGUGCGCGAGGCAACGGGCGAUCUCCAGACACAGUUGCGUCAGCUCAAGUUUGAGCAGCCCAGCGAGGGACAGGAGGCUAUUAGCAAGAAGUACGAAGCCAUUCACCAGACGAUGACGGACAAGUUUGCGUCGGUCAUGGAUGAGUAA